AAGCAUGGCCACCGCGGCGGCGGCGGCGGUGAUGGCCCGUGUGGCCCGGGCGAGGGCGGCGGCGGCGGCUCUGCGGAGCGGUUGCGGGCCUGCAGCCCGGGGGCGGCUGCGCGCGGGUCCCGCACGGCCCUUGUGCACAGCACCUGGAACCGCUCCGGACAUGAAGCGCUACCUGUGGGAGCGCUACCGGGAGGCGAAGAGGAGCACGGAAGAAUUGGUUCCUUCGAUUAUGAGCAACUUGCUGAACCCGGAUGCCAUUUUCUCCAACAACGAGAUGAGCCUGUCGGACAUUGAGAUCUAUGGCUUUGAUUAUGACUACACCUUGGUGUUCUAUUCAAAGCACCUCCACACACUGAUAUUUAAUGCUGCUCGGGACCUGCUCAUCAAUGAGCACCGGUAUCCCAUGGAAAUCAGGAAGUAUGAAUAUGACCCAAAUUUUGCAAUUCGUGGACUUCAUUAUGAUGUGCAGCGGGCAGUAUUGAUGAAGAUUGACGCUUUUCAUUACAUCCAGUUGGGAACUGUCUACAGAGGCCUCAGUGUUGUCCCUGACGAGGAAGUCAUUGAAAUGUACGAGGGGUCCCACGUGCCCUUGGAACAGAUGAGCGACUUUUAUGGAAAGAGUUCCCACGGGAACACCAUGAAGCAGUUCAUGGACAUCUUCUCCCUGCCGGAGAUGAGCCUGCUGUCCUGCGUGAACGAAUACUUCCUGAAGAACAACAUCGACUACGAGCCUGUGCACCUGUACAAGGAUGUCAAGGACUCGAUUCGAGACGUGCACAUCAAAGGAAUCAUGUACCGAGCCAUCGAAGCAGAUAUUGAUAAGUACAUCUGCUACGCUGAGCAGACCCGCGCAGUGUUGGCCAAACUGGCUGAUCACGGCAAGAAGAUGUUCCUCAUCACCAACAGCCCCAGUAGCUUCGUGGACAAAGGGAUGAGGUAUAUCGUCGGAAAAGACUGGCGGGACCUGUUUGAUGUGGUCAUCGUCCAGGCCGAGAAGCCACACUUCUUCAAUGAUAAACGGAGACCUUUCCGAAAGGUGAACGAGAAGGGGGUCUUACUCUGGGAUAAGAUCCACAAGUUGCAGAAGGGCCAGAUUUACAAGCAGGGCAAUUUAUAUGAAUUUCUGAAGCUCACCGGAUGGAGAGGGUCCAAAGUGUUAUAUUUUGGUGACCACAUAUACAGUGACCUGGCGGAUUUGACCCUGAAGCAUGGCUGGCGGACUGGUGCCAUCAUCCCAGAGUUACGGUCUGAGCUCAGAAUCAUGAACACGGAACAGUACAUUCAGACCAUGACCUGGCUGCAGACCCUGACUGGGCUACUGGAGCAAAUGCAGGUUCACAGAGACGCGGAGUCCCAGCUGGUGUUGCGGGAGUGGAAAAAGGAGAGGAAGGAGAUGAGAGAAAUGACCAAAAGCUUCUUCAACCCCCAGUUUGGAAGCUUGUUUCGCACAGACCAGAACCCGACCUACUUCCUGAGGCGCCUGUCGCGAUUUGCCGACAUCUACAUGGCGUCUCUGAGCUGCCUGCUGCACUACGAUGUCAACCACACCUUCUACCCCAGGAGGACUCCGCUGCAGCACGAGCUUCCCGCCUGGUCCGACGGGCCCCCCCGCAGGCUGCCCCUCCUGCAGCAGGCCCAGGCCGAGUGACCCGGUGCUCCCCCGGGGACACGGCCAGACACGGCUCCGGCCCCAGCUUGGGCAGACACCGCGGGGUUGACUGUGUGUGGAUAUGAGUGUUGCUUUCGGGAAAGGCACAGAUACGCCUUUUGAUAUUUA